AUGGACGAUUAUUCAGUUAACUUAGGCCUCAAGGCCAGUAGUAUUCCUGAGCAGACAGAUUCCCCAAUUUCAAACUCCACAACAUUAAAUUCUUUAUUGGGUAAUACAGAAACUUUUAAUAAGAGACGUGGAUAUUUACAUCCACCUACAAUAAAUAUUUCACUUCCACAAUAUUCAUUAUCACCAAGCGAAAUAAGACGUAAAAUCUCUAAAAUUUUCCAGAAGUCUUUGAAUACUAUUAAACAAAGUUUUAUCCAUCUGUAUCAAUGGACUCUAAGAUAUAUUUGGGAUAAUCAACAAUUAGAAAUACCUGGUGAUCAUAUAUAUAAGUCAUAUGUCUGGGGUCAGCUAUUCAAUGUUGUGAAAGCUGCAAUGUGGUGGGGGAUAUUCGGUACUUUCGUGACCCUACUCCUUGAAAACGAUACUGCCUCUGGAUCUACAAGAUUAACUUUCAAUAUUGCACUAGUCCUUAUGUGUCCUAUUGCUGGAGCUAUUGCAGAUCAUAUGCCAAUUCGCACGAUUCUCUUAUUUGUAUCAAUUUCAAGAGCACUUAUGUGGUGCACAAUAAUUCCUACAGUGUAUAUUAUCGGUCUCAUAAUUGGUUAUAAUUCUUUUGUAGAAAUUGUCAGUUUGAAGCAAUUUUGUAUUAUAACUGCGCUUGAUGGUAUCCUAGUUGCUUUGGCUAAUGCAGUAGAUUUAGAUUGUGGUGGUCUCGAGAUUUUAUCAUACCAGUAUAAUAUCAGUAUUACAGAUAUACAAAAAUCUCAGGCAAUAGCAACCCAUCAAGCAAUUUUUGACUUUUCAUUUAUACUUUUAAAUCCAUUAAUCGCAAUCAUAUCAAUAUAUUCCGUUCAUUUUAUAUAUAAACUAGGAAAUGAGCAUAAUACAAAAGUUGAAAGCUUUUACAAUAAACACAGUAGUAGUUCCUUGCAUUAUCCUCUUGGAAAUUCUGGUGUGGAGAUUCCGUUACUAGUAGUUACUAUAUUUUUUCAACUUUUCUCUUUUUUAUCAAUUAUAAUUUAUAAGUGUGGAAUACCUGCAAUAGAAAGGUAUACUGAAAGUUCUACAGUUACUGAUGAAGUAUAUCAUGCAGCCCCAAAAAGCAAUUUUUCUUCAGAAGAUGAAGAAUCAGUUAAAAGUUUAAAAAGUAUGGAUGAAUCUAUACCUUAUAAUACUUAUUCUGAAUCAUGCACACCAAAACAAUCAGAAAUAUUGGCAAGAAUAAUAGAUAUAUAUGAGGGAUACAACCUUGUCAAGACUAACAAAAGGUUAAGAAAUCGCAUAAUACUCCUUGCAUUAGAGACUGCUAUGGAGGAUGCAAUGGUUUCAACAUCUAUACCACUCUGUGCCAUACAAAUUGCUAAGUCAAGUCUUUCUCAAUUUAGUGGGUCAAUUGAGGAUCCUAUGAAAUUUUGGGCAGCACUUUCAGGUUUUAUAGCAGUUGCUGCUAUUGGAAUUGGAAAAUUAUCAAGUUGCAUUGUAACUUGGAAAUUCCAGCAAAGAAUUCAAUCAAACUAUGCGUUAGUUGUACAGCCACCAAGUAAUGAUUUACAUUCUAGUUGUAGAUCCUCAAUCCCAAAUUCAAAUACAACUAAUGUCUCAUCAUCUUCAAUUUUCCCUGAUCAGGAAGCAAACCCUGGAUUAGCUAGACAUACUUAUUGGAUACUUUCUAGUGUUCAAAAUUUUAGAGUAUUGUACUCAUUUGUCCUUGCAGCUGAUUUGAGUGUAAUUUUACUCCCAAUAUCUUUUUUCUUAAUAUUAUCAAAUACUCGUCUUAUAUCUAUAGCAGGAUUUAUCAUUGGUAUGAUAUUCUGUACUUUCUUCUUUGGUUUAUAUUCAGCUCCAAAAAUUGGCUUUGCCUCAAUACUUAGAAAUUUCAUAGAGGACCAAGAUAAGGCUGGUAAGUGUAAAGUUUGA